AUGGGCCCCUGUACCGCCUCCUCAUGCUGCUGCCAGGCCCGUAAUCUGCCAUGGGCCCCCGUACCGCCUCCUCAUGCUGCUGCCAGGCCCGUAAUCUGCCAUGGGCCCCCGUACCGCCUCCUCAUGCUGCUGCCAGGUCCAGAGUCUCUCAUGGGUCCCUGUACGGCCUCCCAUUGCUGCUGUCUCCAUCGCCACACUCUGCCAUGUGCCACUUUCAGGUCUCCUCACACUGCUGGUGGGUUCCAUUUUGUCAUAGGGUGCUGUAUGGCCUCCCAUUGCUGCUGCCUCCACCGCCACACUGUGGCUCCACACUCUGGUUUUGGCCCCGUGACUGCCCAAAUGAGUGAAGUGUGCGGUGAUUCUAAGAUCGACGGCACUCAUCUGCAUGUCAUACUGACUGACAGUAUUAUUUCUCUUCCCCAGCAGACUCCAAGGGCAUUUAAAUUAAAGGUACAGUGUUCUGCACUAAUAUAA